AUGGUCUCCUUGGUGCCCCUUCAUGCUGUAAUCACUCUCCAUAUGGUUUUGGGAACGCUGUCCCAAUAUCUUCAAGGUCCUGGUUUCCAGAACCCAUCCAUGCAAUCUAUGCGGGCGAACAUUCCAGGGCCUUUGGUAUUAAAUUCUGCCAUGCAAAUGCCCAUUGGUUACCCACAGCAACGGUUGCCUGUGGUCAUGAUGCCUUACCAUUCGAAAGCCGCAGACAAAAAGUAUCUGAAGCACAAAAAACGUCGCCCAAAGAAGUAUUAUAGGGAAUCGGAAUCGACCAGUUCCAGUGACAGCGAUGAAAGCUGCUCAUCCAGCAACGAAUACCUGAGGCCGAGGCGAAGAUCCGGCCACAAGAGGAAACGUCAAGUACUUACACCAGUUAUAUCGUAUGUUACAAGGAACGGCAGAGUUGUGUAUCAGAAGAAGAUCAAGAAAGACAACGCUGGUGAUUGGCUCGAUAUUGGAAAGAAGAAGAUUCCCUCUAGACUGGUGGAGGAAAUGAGAGAUCAAGAAAGUGGUGAGAUGACCAUUAGAGAUUUAAAACAUAAAUAUGGACUAAAAUCUGCACAUAACCAUGAUCAUAAAUAA